AUGGAAAACGGUAAAGAACUUUCCAUCGUUGAAAGAAUACAGAAAUUCAACAAAGCUGUUAAUAACAUGGACUCAGUGGUCAUGGUCCCUUGCCAGCUACUCGAUGAAUCGACAAAAUGUCUUAACAGCGGCUCAUAUCGAAAAUUUAGCACGACAGAAUCGGAUAUGCAUAGAUGCUUUACUCUUCUAAAAAAAGCCAAAUACUACCUGAACCAAGGCGAUGCCCUUGGAGCGAACAAAGACAAUUCCGUCGAUGAAGAACUGAAAGACUUUGUCAAUCAUCUAGAAGGACUGUACAAAUCCUUAGAUGUUCUCACUGAAGUUGCAAGUGGAGUUGCCAAGCACUAUCAAAAUGAAGUUGUCAAAUAUUAG